AUGGUUCCAAGUUUCUAUCUACUCUUUAUUAUCACAUCAUGUCUUAUUGUAAUGCAUGUUUAUGGAUCGAUUAUUGUUUAUGAUCCAUAUUUACUACCAAACAAUAUUAAUACUAAUAAUAAGCAAAAAUAUGGUGACGAUGAUGAUCAAGCAUUUGUUCCAUCACGAGCAGCUAAUCUUAUAUUUCCAUCAAUAGAAUUUAUUCCUUCAGGAAGUCAUUCAUAUGACAACACCGGUCAUGCUCGAACAGAACGUUAUUCAUUUGGCCGAAAACAUCAUUGGGACACAUAUUUUGGUCGACGUCGAUAA